AUUUAGAAUACUUCUAUAAUUUUACACACAACCCACACCCAAUAUUCGUUAUAUAUGUGUGUGUGUGUGUGUCUCACACUUGAUCUAUUUUACGUUCACGUAUUAAUAAUUCUUGAGAAAGUGCACACAUAUUCCAUUUCUCAUCCUAGGACUCAUUUAUGUACACCUAUAUUUGUUUACAAUCACACCCUUCUUGAACAGGACCAGAAACUGAAAAAAUGAGGCCAAAGAUUUAUCUAUUUGGUGAUUCAAUUACUGAACAUUCAUUUGGUGAUGGUGGAUGGGGUGCUUCUCUCGCCCAUCAUUUUGCUCGUAACGCUGAUGUAGCGAUAAGGGGAUAUAGUGGGUAUAAUACCAGGUGGGCUUUGAUGGCUAUAGACAAGGUUUUUCCUCCUCCUCCUCCAGCAACGGCUGAGAAUGGUAUUAACGGCGGCGGUGGUGGUGGUUAUGAGGCGGCACCGGUGUGCGUGACGGUGUUUUUCGGUGCCAACGACGCGUCUCUUCCCAACCGGCAUGCCGCUUUCCAGCACGUGCCGAUUGAUGAAUACAAGCAGAAUCUGCAUUCAAUUGUUUCCUUCUUCAAGAAACGGUGGCCAAGUACUCAUGUUAUACUCAUCACACCGCCGCCAAUUGAUGAAGCGACACGCAUCUUGAAUGCGUAUGUUAAGAACAAGUCGGGGUUGCCGGAGAGGACUAAUGAAUCUGCUGGAAAUUAUGCAAAAGCUUGUGUUACGGUUGCAUCAAAUUGCGGAAUUCCAGUUAUUGAUCUUUGGACCAAAAUGCAGCAGUCUCCCGACUGGCGAACUGAUUAUUUGUGUGAUGGUUUGCACCUGACUCCUGGUGGGAAUGAGGUCGUGUUUGAAGAAGUAAUUGGAAAGCUCAACGAGUUGGGAGUGACCCCCGAAAGUCUACCAUCAGAGCUCCCUCCUUUUAUCAACAUUGACUCCAAUGAUCCCCUUACAUCUCUCUCAAAGUGGUCCUCUUUCAUGGUGUAGCUCUACUAUUCCAUUUGUUAUUUUGUUUGUUUGUUACCGUCAUGCACAUUAUUCUUAAGUAAACUACACCGUUAUAUUGUUUUACUAUAAGAAAAUUGUGUACUAUUAAUUCAAACAGAUGAAUAUUUUUCGAUACUAAUAAAAGAUGAUACCUGUGAACGUGCUCAAAGGUGUAUGUGAACACGCUUUAAGUACCAAUUCAUCAUUCAUAAACUAGCAGUUGAUUGAAUUAUAUGUACGCGGUACGGAUAUGCAUUAUGCUUAUAUGAAUUUAUUAUUGCACAAAUUA